AGAGGCAGGGGUGACAGACUGGCCGGCAGGCUGUGCCCCUGAGACUGGAUCAGCCGGAAAGAAGGAAGGGGCUAAAACAUUUCACACCGGAAGUCACAGGUGGCACAGCCUCCUCAGCAGCCACCAGCAAUAAUGUUCUUCCUGCUUGCCUGCAUGCUGGCUGUCUUCCCAGUGGUCUCCAUGAAGAGUCCCAUAUUUGGCCCCCAGGAGGUGAGCAGAGUGGAAGGUGAUUCAGUGUCCAUCCAGUGCUUUUACCCCCCCAGCUCCGUCAACCGGCACACCCGCAAGUACUGGUGCCAGCAAGGGGCCAGCGGCCACUGCACGACCCUCAUCUCCUCCACGGGCUAUGUCUCCAAGGACUAUGUGGGCAGAGCCAACCUCACCAACUUCCCAGAGAAUGGCACAUUCGUGGUCAACAUUGCCCAGCUCACCCAGAAUGACUCCGGGCGCUACAAGUGUGGUCUGGGCCUCAAUAUCCGAGGCCUGUCCUUCGAUGUAAGCCUGGAGGUCAGCCAGGGUCCUGAGCUUACAAAUGACACAGAAGUCUACACAGUAGACCUGGGCGGAUCAGUAACCAUCAACUGCCCUUUCAACCGUGAGAAUGCUGAGAAGAGGAAGUCCUUGUGCAAGAAGACAGGCGAGGACUGCGAGCUAGUUAUUGACUCCAAUAAUAAUGUGAACCCCAGCUAUAGUGGCAGAGCAAGCCUUCUUAUUCAGGGCACCAGCCAGUUAGUAUUCAGCGUUGUCAUUAACCGACUCAGGCUCAGUGAUGCUGGGCUGUAUGUCUGCCAGGCCGGGGAUGAUUCCGAUGGUGAUAAGAAGAAUGCUGACCUCCAAGUGCUAAAGCCCGAGCCUGAGCUGGUUUAUGGAGACCUGGGGGGCUCAGUGAACUUUGAUUGUGCUCUAGGCACUGAGGAGGCAGAUGUGGCCCAAUUUCUGUGCCAGGCGAGCAGUGGAGACACCUGUGAUGUGGUCAUCAAUACCCUGGGGACGAGGGCUUCAGGCUUUGAGGGCAGGAUCCUGCUCAAUACCACAGAGAAGAAUGGCCUCUUCAGUGUGCUGAUCACAGGCCUGAGGAAGGAGGAUGCAGGGAGCUACCUGUGCGGAGCCCACCCCGAGGGUCUGCUGCAGGAAGGCUGGCCCAUCCAAGAGUGGCAACUCUUCGUCAAUGAGGAGACCGUGAUUCCCCGUAGUCCCUCUGUGGUGAAGGGCGUAACAGGAGGCUCUGUGGCUGUGCUCUGCUCCUACAACCCUAAGGAAGACAACAGCCUCAAGUACUGGUGUCGCUGGGAAGGGACUCAGAAUGGCCAGUGCUCGCUGCUGGUGCAGAGUGAGGGGCUGGUUCAGGAACAGUAUGAGGGCAGGCUUGCACUGUCUGAAGAGCCAGGCAAUGGCACCUACACGGUCAUACUCAACCAGCUCACCACCCAGGAUGCUGGCUUCUACUGGUGUCUGACCAACGGUGAUAAUCGCUGGAGGACCGUCAAGGAGCUCAAGCUUGUUGAAGGAAAACCCAACCUCAAGGUACCAGAGAAUGUCACUGCUGUUCUGGGAGAGACUCUGAAGCUUCCCUGCCACUUCCCGUGCAAAUUCUACUCCCAUGAGAAAUACUGGUGCAAAUGGAGCAACCAGGGCUGCCAAGUCCUGCCCAGCCAAGAUGAAGGCCCCAGCCAGGCCUUUGUGAACUGCGACCAGAGUAGCCGGCUCAUCUCCUUGACCCUGAGCUCAGUCAGCAGGGCGGAUGAGGGCUGGUAUUGGUGUGGAGUGAAGCGUGGCCACUUCUAUGGAGAGACAGCAGCCGUCUACGUGGCGGUGGAGGAGAACGUGGAAGGGUCCUCCGGUGUCAGCAAUGAGGUGGUAGAGUCAAUUGUCAGGGGGAGAGAGAACAAAGCCAUGCAGAAUCCCAGGCUUUUUGCAGAGGAAAGCGUGGUAGAGGAUGCAGCAGACCAAGCCAGUGGCAGCAGAGCAUCCUCGGAUCUCAGCAGCUCUGAGGGACAAGGCAGGAGCUCCAGAGUGCUGGUCUCCACCCUGGUGCCCCUGGGCCUGGUGCUGGCGCUGGGGGUCGUGGCUGUGGGGGUGGCCAGAGCCCGGCACAGGAAGAAUGUUGACCGGCUUUCCAUUAGAAGCUACAGGACAGACAUGAGCAUGUCGGACCUCAGGAACUCCAGGGAUUUUGGAGCCAAUGACAACAUAGGAGCCUCUCCAGACACUCAGGAGACAUCCCUUGCAGGAAAAGAUGAGUUUGCUGCCACCACUGAGAGCACCAUGGAAAUCAUAGAACCCAAGAAGGCAAAAAGGUCAUCCAAGGAGGACGCCGAGAUGGCCUACACAGCCUUUCUGCUCCAGUCCAACAGCGUGGCCACCGAGGUCCAGGACGGCCCCAGGGAUGCCUAGGCAGUGCCGGCUGCUGCCCCCCACAAUCCCAUGACAAUCACCUUCAGAAUCACAUUGAUCCUCGGGCCCUCAGCUCCAGGGGGCUCCACUGCCUGCACUCACACUCACCUAGGCUUUUCCUACCUGUCCUCAGAGGUGUGCUGGUCCCUUUGUAAGUGGCAUCAAAGCCUGGCCUAAUUUGAAGGUGGGUGUCCUGUCCCUGUUGGGGGUGGGUGGCAUGAGGAACUCCCACCCGCAGCUUAUUUCUAUUGAGAGAACCUAAGGUGCGGAAGAGAACUAAGCUCACAGAGGAGCCUCUGAAAGAAGAAAGACCAGGGUGGGAUGGGAGCCAGUUUCAGAAAGCAGAGACAUUUAGAGCCUCUCUCUGCACCCUUAUUGUGGGAUGUCAAUGGGAUUUUUCCCUCCACUCCAUCCUGCCCUCCCUUCCUUCCUCUCUUCUCUUUCCUUCAUUCAAAAGAUGUAUCUGAAUACGUACUAGAAUCCAGGUGCUCUGCUAGACUCUGGAACAGAUAAGCCUCAGGCCCCCGCUGGCAGCCUUUCUGUAAACAUCGCUGAACCCUGGAAAGCCGCAGCUCCUCUCAGUUAUUUAUACUCACAAAGGCCUGAAAUUCUCACCAGAUAUCCUCACCUCUGCCCUUAUUGGGGACAUCAUAAAAUGUCAGGAGUCCAAAGCCCUUAGGGAUCCUAUAUGAUGGGCAUACAUACAAGGAACCAUAAACACACAUUCUUACAUUGCACAGGUGAGCAAAUUGAGGUCCUGAGAGGCAAAGUUUUUCUCAAGGGCAUCCGGGGAGAUAAACUAGCAUCAAACUAGAUUUGGCUUCUACAAGAGCCCCCACCCCCUGUUGGAGGCAGAGUUUUAGAAUAAGGAGAAGGAGGAGGAGGAAGAAGAGAAAAAUGCAGAGACUGAUCUUUCCCAGGCCCCAUCUCAGGGAAGAUGACCCUUUCCCUUUCUGUCACUCUCCCAGAUCUAAGAUCAAAGAAAGGUCAAACACUCAUAGCCUCUCAUAUCUGAAGAGUUCAAGUGGAAGGGAAGGAAAGAGGGUGUUUGACAAUGCUGGGAGGGACUGGUCUCCAAAGAGCCAAAGCUUCAGGACUUUUUCCCUCUGAGCUCUGUACUUCAGCUAGCAUCUGGUACUUGCUGACAAAUCAGAAUGUGACUCAAUUAAUAAUUAAAGACUGUGAUUGCCACCAA